ACGCUAACACAAGCGGCUUCUUCGUCAGGAACAACAACGUCAACCCUUUCUUUUUCCAUUUCCCGCCAGGCCGUUCGUUACCCGCGCGCACGAAAAUGGCCAUGGAUCAAGCGUAUCCCCAAGAGCUCGCCUCGGCGGGCCGCUGGAGGGCCAAGCUCGGGUCGCGCAUCGCCGCCGCCCUCCUCUGGAUGGUGGCCCUGAUCCUCCUCGGCAAGCCCGCCAGCAGCGGCAACUACGUGCCCAUCCUCAUACUAUGUGCGCCGGCCGGCGCGUCGUUCCUGUGGGACGUCGCAGAGACCAUCUGCCUGCUCGUCCGCCACAACCGCCGAGGCAUCCCCCCGGGCGCCUGUGUCGGCGUCGACCUCAUCCUGCUGCUCGGAUCCGUCAUCGUCAUCGUCUUCACGUCGGUGCUUUGGACGGCGUGGACCAACGAGGAAUACCCCAGGGAUCAGAAGAUGGCGGACGAGGUGCGAGGCUUUACUACGGGUGCCCUCGUCCUGGGAAGUCUUGCGACGUGAGCAUCCUCGAGUCCGCCGGCCCGCGGCUGAGUGAUUUUCCAGCGCUAAUAUCAUGGUGGACAGGAUCAUCCGCUUCGGCCUGUUUGUGACGGCGUGCGUCGAAACGCACAAGUACAACAAGGCCGUCAAGCGGGCGUUUGCCGCCACCGCCAAAGCGCAGGAUGUUUGAGUGCAGAUUUCGAUGGCAGCGAUACAUACCAAAUGGCGAGGGGGUUGAUGCGCCAUCAUGGUGAUUACUGCACAUGAUACAGCGUGAUAAUGUGUAAUACGAAGCGAGACACGGUCGCUACCAUCAUAGAUACGACGAAUACAUGUAUGCGCCA